UUAAAAUUAUACACUGUUUCAGGAUUCCUAGUGCGAUGGUGAUUUGAAUAAUGUAUCAGUCGUAUUGCAUUUUUGAGUAUGCUGUUUGAAGAAACUUUAAGAAACAACACCUUCUAUAGCGACAACAUUAGCGACGGCAACAAUUACAGUCGACACGAUGAUCCAUGGGGCCCGUGGGGCCCGAGGAGAGACCCGCUACCGGUCGUCGUGCCCGUGACGCUCAUCUACACUCUGAUAUUGGCCACGGGGAUCGUGGGCAACGUGAGCACAUGUAUAGUGAUCGCCCGAAACAAGUACAUGCACACGGCUACCAAUUACUAUCUGUUCAGUCUUGCCGUGUCCGACCUGCUGCUGCUGUUGUCCGGAUUGCCGCAGGAGAUUUACCAAACAUGGUCCAGGUAUCCAUAUGUGUUUGGAGAGAUGUUUUGCAUAAUCAGAGGGUUUGCAGCGGAGACGUCGACGAAUGCUACUGUAUUGACAAUUACAGCGUUUACCAUUGAAAGAUAUGUUGCAAUUUGUCAUCCGUUUAUAUCACACACAGAAUCCAGUCUGCCGAGAGCAUUUAAAUACAUAUUAAUAAUAUGGGUCAUAGCGCUGACACUUGCUUUUCCUCAGGCCAUACAGAUGGGACUCGUGUACGGUCGUGAACAGGACGGCACGAUCAUACCAGAGCUGUCCACGUGUGCGCUGGCCAACAAGUUGCCGUACUCGUUCGAACUGUCUUCGGUACUGUUCUUCCUGGCUCCGUGGACGCUCAUCGUCGUCCUGUACAUACUCAUCGGCCUCAAGCUGUACAAAUCCAAGCGCGACUCGUCGAGGACAACGUGCUCGGCCCACUGCCGGCACACCGCAUGCCUGAGUUCCACCAACACCAGGGCCACCGGGCGUGUAGUAAAAAUGCUUGUUGUCGUGGUGGUGGCCUUUUUUGUCUGCUGGGCGCCAUUUCAAGCGCAAAGACUGGUUGCCAUCUACGGAGACGCUAAUCACGAGGACUAUUCGAGCACUUCGAAAAUCGAUUUAAACGUCUAUCAGGUGCUGAACUACGUAUCGGGAAUCUUGUACUACUUGUCAGCCACUAUAAACCCACUUCUGUACAAUCUCAUGUCGUACAAAUUCCGGACUGCUUUCAAAGUGAGUAGAGGAAACUUGGAGAUCUUGCAAAGGGGCCAGUGGAAUAAGUCCCGAUCACGGCAUGCCCACAUUGGACUACAAAUGGCAGAGACACCACAGCCAUAGCAGAAGCUUCAGCAGUAGUCAUUUUGACGAGGUGAAUUCGAUGAAACGACUGAUGGCCAACAAGUCCUGGCAACCCACGAUCGUAGCGAUCAACGAGACCGGUGACACAGGUACGUCAUCGGCCGUGGACAAGUCACUGCGGUUUCCACACAAAAUGAUCUUCAGCAAACAAGACGCAAUCAAAGAAAACGGCACGGCAAUUCUGGAAAACGGAAUUACUGUUGGCGUGUUGACCAAUAACAACAGGACAACCACAAUGCUGAUGACGCCGAAUUAAAUUUAGUGUUCCUACUUAGCGUUACCUGCCCAGGAUGUCAUAACCAGAAAUGCUCACGAAAGAUAUUAAAACCAGAGAUUGGUACUUGUUUGUUAUAGUGGAGGCCAUAGUAAACCCCAUUUCCAUAUACGACCGUGUCUCUACACUUUAAUUUAUUUCCUCUGUUAGGUUAUUAUAUGUUAAGGAAAUUUGCAUUUCCCGCCGGAUCGACGAUGUGUAUAAACAUACUUGGAUUCCUAAUUGAUUCCAUGCGGAGGACAACAAGAGAAAUACAGAUUAGGUAUUAAAAAUAAGAAACACAAUAAUAAUUAUAGUAUACUCGUGUAGUGGCUCUAACAGAGUUCAUACAUUUUUUGAAUGAGGACUAUUUCAAAAUAAAUAAGUCAGUCAUAAUAUUAUUCUACUGUAAUUUUUUUAUUUUAAGUCCUCCGUAAGAUAUUUAAGAAAGUAAAAUAAAAACUUUGGAUUUGUCACAUUUCCAAUUGUACCAGACAGACACUUCUAUCCCCUGAAUAUGCAUUAAAUCCUCACUUUUGUGUUAUACAGCACGUUUUAUAUUGUAAAUAACAUAUUUAGAUUAUUUCCGAUGCUCGUAGCAAGUUCAUAAAACAUUUUAACAAACAAAAUUAAAAUAUAUCUUCUUAUUGUGGUUACUUGUUAACCGCGGCGAUCACUUCUAUUUCGACUUUGGCGUCCUAUAAAAAUAAACAUACAAAAAGAUUUAUCAUCACAUAAUUUAACAGCCUGAGUGACACGAAUAUAAUUUGGUUAUUAUAUUGACCUCCGAAAAGAAAGAAGCCACAAGUGUUUUCAGUACUUUUCACAUAAAUAGUGACAGAAAAAAAAAACACUAACUAUAAUUUAUCACAUCAAUGGUGUCUUAAAGUCAGUUUUGUUUAAUACUUACUAAAGGCAAUUUGGCCACUUGAAACAUUGCUCUAGCCGGAUAUGGCGGCACAAAAACUGUUAAAUAGAAAAUAAAGAGACAAAUUAUUGUUUUUAAUCAGUACUUAGUGCUAUCUAUUUUGAAAUUCAAAUGAGCCCGCAUAAUUACAUUGCUUGUAAAUCUCGUUCACCGUCGGGCCGUCUUUUAUGUCAGCUAACAGAACCGUGGUCUUAACGACUGGAAAUAAUAAAAA